CCACCUCUGGGGAAGGGAACUUCCGCUUCGGCCGAGGGCAGCAGGCCUACGGCUCCUUGUCCCACUGCUGCUCAGCCCAGUGGCAUCGCAGGACACCGGCUUCCGAGGAGGCGUCUGACUCAGUAUGAUGAUGAAGAUCCCGUGGGGCAGCAUCCCAGUACUGAUGUUGCUCCUGCUCCUGGGCCUGCUUGAUGUCUCCUGGGCCCAGGGCAGCUGCACUGGGCACCCAGCCAUCCCUGGCAUCCCGGGUAUCCCUGGGGUACCUGGCUCUGACGGCCAACCUGGGACCCCAGGGAUAAAAGGAGAGAAAGGGCUUCCAGGGCUGGCUGGAGACCAUGGUGAGUUUGGAGAGAAGGGAGACCCAGGGGUUCCUGGGAAUCCAGGAAAAGUUGGCCCCAAGGGCCCCAUCGGCCCUAAAGGCGGCCCUGGGUCCCCUGGAGCCCCAGGCCCCAAAGGUGAAUCGGGAGACUACAAGGCCACCGAGAAAAUCGCCUUCUCUGCCACAAGAACCAUCAACGCCCCACUGCGCCGGGACCAGACCGUCCGCUUCGACCACGUGAUCACCAACGUGAACAACAACUAUGAGCCCCGCAGUGGCAAGUUCACCUGCAAGGUGUCCGGCCUCUACUACUUCACCUACCACGCCAGCUCUCGAGGAAACCUGUGCUUGAACCUCAUGCGUGGCCGGGAGCGCGCACAGAAGGUGGUCACCUUCUGUGACUACACCUACAACACCUACCAGGUCACCACCGGUGGCGUGGUCCUCAAGCUGGAGCAGGGGGAGAACGUCUUCCUGCAGGCCACCGACAAGAACUCGCUAGUGGGCUUGGAGGGUGCCAACAGCAUCUUCUCCGGGUUCCUGCUCUUUCCAGAUGUGGAGGCCUGACCUGUGGGGCUGCUUCACACCCACCCUGGCUCGCCCCACCAGCAACGCGCACUCGACCCCCAGCCCCACCCCUUGCCCAGCCAAUGCACACAGUAAGGCUUGGUGAAUGUUGCUGAGUGAAUGGGUAAAUAAACUCUUCAAGGCCAAG